AUGUCCCGUCCGGCGAGCACCGUGCUGCUGCUGCUGCUGCCGCUGCUGGCGGCCGGCAACCGCCAGAGGCAGAUCAUUGCCGAUAACCCGGCGCUGCACCGGCUCAACGACCGCGUCAUCCUGGAGGCCUUCAGCAGAGGCGACAACGAGGUGGUCUGCACCUAUUGUCUGUUCCAGGUGGUCAGCGCCGCCUACCAGAUCGGCAACGAUCUCAUCCAGCGGGAGAUCCGCGAUGCGCUGGGUUCGAGGGACCCCAAGGCGCUGAGUGAGGCGCUGCUCGACGCGGCCGACCUGCUGCCGACGCUCAACGGCACCCUGACGGGCUACUACCAGACGGGCGCCUUCGACCAGUGUCCGGUGCGCACCAAGCGCGACCAGUGCGCCUCCAUCGCGGCGCUGCUGCGCAACCGAGCCGAGCCGGUCAACUUCAGGGACCCGCGCACGAAAGACAGGAUCAACGCAGACGUGGAGCGCGCCACCGCCGGCAAGAUUCGGGACCUAUUCGCCUCUCUACCUGUAAGCACGAAGCUGGUGUUCGCGUCAACGCUGGUGUUCCAGGACAAGUGGGUGACCCGUCUGACGGCGGUAGAUGACAAGUUCGCGGCCGACGGCCGGCGUAACACCAUCACUGUGCCAACCCUGAUCAACGAGGACCGCAUGCCCUUCCUGGACGCAGACGAUGGCGUCCAGGGAGUCUCCAUGCCGUACGAGGACCCAGCCAUCCGCCUCUACUGCUUCAAAGCCAAGGACGGCGGCGACAUUCGGCCGCUGCUCUAUCGGCGGCACUACCUGGAGCUCGCCAAGGCUCCGGUGCGCUACACGCAGGUGCGGAUGCCAAAGUUUGAUCUCGUCUCGAAGCUGGACUCGUACGUGCAGUUCAUGGAGCUGAUGGGUCUUCGGGAGAUGUUCCAGGGCGGUCUCGGCCCGCAGGACACGCUCAAGGUGGACCAGCUGGUGCACAAGGCCGUCAUCCAGGCGGACGAGCACGGCACCUCGGCCGCCGGAGCCGCCGGCGUCUCCUUCAUCCCGCUGAGCGCCAUGCCCGUGGAGGUGAUGAUGCGCUUCGACCGGCCCUUCAUCUGCUCUCUGGUGCACGAAGAGCUGACCCAGCCGCUGUUCACCGCCUACAUCGCCGACCCGCGCCGCCAGUGA